AACUCUGCUGGAAAAUCAACAAAGACUUCUGGGCAAGCAACCACUUCCAUACUUUUUUUUUACCAUUUGUUAAACAACCAAUACUGAAAGAUGGAGUUUUAUUUCCAGAUUGUACUACUUGCAUUUCUUUGUUUUGAAAAUGGAAUAUUCACCACCACUUCCAGAAGUGAUCAAGUUUUAUCCAUCAUUCCAGAAACAGAAGCUGAUGUUGAAAUUGUCAAGAACCUAGCCAGAGAAAACCAGACAGCACUUUGGCAUCCAGAUUCAUUUCACCAUAUUAAGCCACAUACAGAUGUCCACAUGUAUUUUAAUAUUUCAAGUGUGGAAAGUGUAAAAGCGCUUCUAUCAACAAAUGGAAUUAAGCACAGUGUUCUGGUAGAAGAUGUCCAAGAGCUCAUAGAGGUUCAAACUAAGAAUAUAUCCACUGACCCACGGUCUUCAACUGGAUCCUUUUAUGAACAGUACCAUCCGCUGGAAGAAAUAUAUUCCUGGAUUAACAGAACAACCCAAUGGCGUCCUGACUUGGUGCAAACCAUUCUGAUUGGAUCAACAUUUGAGAAGCAUCCACUUUAUGUCCUAAAGUUGUCUGGAAAAGGAACAGGCCCCAAAAAAGCAAUGUGGAUGGACUGUGGGAUCCAUGCAAGGGAAUGGAUCUCCCCUGCAUUCUGUAUCUGGUUUAUUCAGUAUCAUCUUCAGUUUUAUGAACUAAAUCCAAGCGUUGCCAACACUUUGGACAAUAUGGAUAUCUAUGUUCUCCCCGUAAUGAAUCCAGAUGGAUAUUCGUUCACCUGGAAUGAGGAUCGAAUGUGGAGGAAAAAUCGUGCAAAAUAUGAUGGAACAUUCUGCAUUGGGACAGACCUGAACAGGAAUUUUGAUGCAAACUGGUGCACUGAAGGUGCAUCAGCUAACCCUUGUGAUUCCACCCACUGUGGCCCAUUUCCUGAAUCUGAGCUAGAGACAAAAGCAGUGGCUCAGUUCCUUCGGAGGAAUAAACACACUAUAAAACUGUACAUCUCGAUCCACUCCUAUUCCCAGAUGUUGCUUUUCCCCUAUUCCUAUACCAUGAACAAGGCUGAAAACCACGAAAAACUUAAUUAUGUUGCAUACUUGGCAACUACACAGAUGAGAAGACAUCACAAGACUAAUUUCGUCUAUGGUCCAGGGGCAAAGACAAUAUAUCUGGCACCAGGUGGCUCUGAUGACUGGGCUUAUGAUUUGGGAAUUCCAUACUCAUAUACAUUUGAACUACGUGAUAAAGGAAGAUAUGGAUUUUUGCUUCCACCCAGCAUGAUUAAACCAGCUUGCCUGGAGGUGCUCACUGCAAUACAGACUAUCACAAGUUAUGUGAUUGAUAAUGCUAAAUGAAAUGGUCAAAAAAGUUCAAUUGCUGAAAAAUAUCUCUUGUACUGCAAAAUGAUUUGUUCUGUCUUAUUUUAUUUAGUCUUUAACCUAAUGUGAUGCAAGAUGCAUUCUCUGAGCUUAAAUAUUCUUUCUAUUCAACAUUAUAUAGCAAACUUUCAACUAAUAAAUACAGUCCUAUUGGCAUUUUACUGCAGAGAAACUGUCUUUUGAUACUGUUCUGUAUUGCAUACAGUUUGUGAUCAUUUUAAGAAACCUUACUUUGUUUUUUUUUCUAAA